AUGACAGCUCAACUAGAGAGGACAGCUCAACAUGAUAGGACAGCUCAACUUGAGAGGACAGCUCAACUUGAGAGGACAGCUCAACUAGAGAGGACAGCUCAACUUGAGAGGUCAGCUCAACUUGAGAGGACAGCUCAACUUGAGAGGACAGCUCAAAUUGAGAGGACAGCCCAACCUGAGAGGACAGCACAACGUGAGAGGACAGCUCAACUUGAGUGGGCAGCUCAACUUGAGAGGACAGCUCAACUUGAGAGGACAGCCCAACUUGAGAGGACAGCACUACUUGAGAGGAAAGCACAACAUGUGAAGACAGCAAAGCUUGCGAAGGCAGCACGGCUGGCGAGGAAAGCACGGCUUGCGAGGACAGCAAGGCUUGCGAUGACAGCACAGCUUGCGAGGACAGUACAGCUUGCGAGGACAGCGCAGCUUGCGAGGACAGCACAGCUUGCGAGGACAGCACAGCUAACGAGGACAGCACAGCUUGCGAGGACAGCACAGCUUGCGAGGACAGCACAGCUUGCGAGGACAGCACAGCUUGCGAGGACGGCACAGCUUGCGAGGACGGCACAGCUUACAAAGACGGCACAGCUUGCGAGCACAGCACAGCUUGCGAGGACAGCACAGCUUGCGAGGACAACACAGGUUGCGGGACAGCACAGCUUGCGUGGACAGCACAGGUUGCGAGGACAGCACAGCUUGCGAGGACAGCACAGCUUGCGAGGACAGCACAGCUUGCGAGGACAGCAUAGCUCGCGAGGACAGGACAGCUUGCGAGGACAGCACAGCUUGCGAGGAUGGCACAGCUUGCGAGGACGGCACAGCUUGCAAGGACAUCACAGCUUGACAGCAAAACUUGAGAGGACUGCUCAACUUGAGAGGGCUGCUCAGCUUCAGAGGGCAGCUCAACUUGAGAGGGCAGCUCAACUUGAGAGGGCAGCUCAACUUGAGAGGGCAGCUCAACUUGAGAGGGCAGCUCAACUUCAGUGUACAGCUCAACUUGAGAGGAAAUCUCAACCUGAGAGGACACCUCAACCUGAGAGGACAGCUCAACUUGAGAGGACAGCACAACUUACAAGGACAGGAAAGCUUGCGAGGACAGCAAAGCUUGUGAGGACAGCAAAGCUUCUCAACUUGAGAGGACAGCUCAACUUAAGAGGGCAGCUCAACUUGAGAGGGCAGCUCAACUUGAGACGACAGCACAGCUUGCGAGGACAGCACAGCUUGCGCGGACAGCACAGCUUGCGAGGACAGCACAGCUUGCGAGGACAGCAAAGCUUGCGAGGACAGCACGGCUUGCGAGGACAGCACGGCUUGCGAGGACAGCACGGCUUGCGAGGACAGCACAGCUUGCGAGGACAGCACAGCUUGCAAGGACAGCACAGCUUGCGAGGCCAGCAAGGCUUGCGAGGACAGUACAGCUUACGAGGACAGCUCUACUUGAAAGGACAGCUCAACUUGAGAGGACAGCUCAACUUGAGAGGACAGCUCAACUUUAGAGGACAGCUCAUCUUGAGAGGACAGCUCAACUUGAGAGGACAGCUCAACUUGAGAGGACAGCUCAACUUGAGUGGACAGCUCAACUUGAGAGGACAGCUCAACUUGAGAGGACAGCUACACUUGAGAGGACAGCUCAACUUGAGGGGACAGCACAACUUGAGAGGACAGCACAACUUGAGAGGACAGCUCAUCUUGAGAGGACAGCUCAACUUGAGAGGACAGCUCAACUUGAGAGGGCAGCUUAGCUUAACAGGACUGCUCAACUUGUGA